GGCUUCAUUUGCUGUCUGUCACUGGGACCGAGAGUGCCGCGAGAAAGCAACGGCCAAGGACGGGGCGCUGCGUUCGAGCUACCCAAUGCUGGGACUAUCUGCAGCCGCUGCUGGUGCAAUAUGCUGGAGCUCCAGAACAGCUAAACGGAGUCGCCACACCGCUGCCUGGGCUGGAUCGCAGCGCUGCCUUUCCUUAUGAAGAAGACACAAGUGAGUAGGGCACGCCCGGGAGGAGCUCGGAGGCUUUCCAAGAAAAUCGCUCCGGGAGCCCCGGGGAGCCCGGCGCGCCCUGGGACCGGCAACCCGGCCAUGUGGGGCUGCGCCCUCCCGACUUGGAUUAUCACUUGCAUUUAUCUUCAACUGCUCCUAUUUAAUCCUCUCGUCAAAACCAAGGAGAUCUGCGGGAAUCCUGUGACUGAUAAUGUAAAAGACAUUACAAAACUGGUGGCAAAUCUUCCAAAUGACUAUAUGAUAACCCUCAACUAUGUCGCCGGGAUGGAUGUUUUGCCUAGUCAUUGUUGGCUACGAGAUAUGGUAAUACAAUUAUCACUCAGCUUGACUACUCUUCUGGACAAGUUCUCAAAUAUUUCUGAAGGCUUGAGUAAUUACUCCAUCAUAGACAAACUUGGGAAAAUAGUGGAUGACCUCGUGGAAUGCAUGGAAGAAAACGCACCGAAGAAUGUAAAAGAAUCUCCGAAGAGGCCAGAAACUAGAUCCUUUACUCCUGAAGAAUUCUUUAGUAUUUUCAAUAGAUCCAUUGAUGCCUUUAAGGACUUUAUGGUGGCAUCUGACACUAGUGACUGUGUGCUCUCUUCAACAUUAGGUCCCGAGAAAGAUUCCAGAGUCAGUGUCACAAAACCAUUUAUGUUACCCCCUGUUGCAGCCAGCUCCCUUAGGAAUGACAGCAGUAGCAGUAAUAGGAAAGCCGCAAAGUCCCCUGAAGACUCGGGUCUACAAUGGACAGCCAUGGCAUUGCCGGCUCUCAUUUCACUUGUAAUUGGCUUUGCUUUUGGAGCCUUAUACUGGAAGAAGAAACAGUCAAGUCUUACAAGGGCAGUUGAAAAUAUACAGAUUAAUGAAGAGGAUAAUGAGAUAAGUAUGUUGCAACAGAAAGAGAGAGAAUUUCAAGAGGUGUAAUUGUGGACCCAUCAACAUUGUUACCUUCGCACAGUGGCUGGUAACAGUUCAUGUUUGCUUCAUAAAUGAAGCAGCCUUAAACAAAUUCCUAUUCUGUCUCAAGUGACAGACCUCAUCCUUACCUAUCCUUGCUCCCCGUGACCUUGUGUGGAUGAUUCAGAUGUUGGAGCAGAGUCCUUCGCUGUGAAACCUGCACUGAAUUAUCAUCUGUAAAGAAGAACCUGCACGGAGCAGGACUCUGGAGGUUUGGCAAGUGAUGAUAGGGACAAGAACAUGUGUCCAGUCUACUUGCACCGUUUGCAUGGCUUGGGAAAUGUCUGAGUGCUGAAAACCCAUCCAGCUUUGUUCUUCAGUCACAACCUGCAGCCUGUCAUUAAUUAUGGUCUCUGCAGGUAGAUUUCAGCCUGGAUAGUGGGGAGAAUUUUUUUUUUCACAAAGGGAUGUAGAAAACAAUUUAAAAAACAAAACAAAACAAUAACUCCGUAGCAUCAGCCACUGUAUGGAGUUGAAAGCCAUGGGGAGUAUUUUUUUUUUCUUUUGAGCAGGCUCAUUCGCUCUGUAGUUAAUGAUGAACGAGAGCAGCCUAAAUGUAAGCUCUUCCUGACAGAAGUCAUGGUGCACCGUAUCCUACUAGAGAAAUGGACAUGGGUAGCUAGUUCUAUCCAUGCGGUGGAGCCCAUGCUGAACUGCAGUAUAACACCAUGGCUUAUGGAAGACUCUCCAGAAAAGUCCUUACGGGAGAAAAUUGUCAACGUGGACCAGUGGAAGAACAUGCCAAGGAAGACAUUUGGCCCAUUGUGAAGCCGAUCUUUUCCCUUGACAGUCACUCUAGCGUGUGUAAAUCGUGUUUGCAAUAGUAUAAUGUGACAUGUUUAUGUUUUGAAACUACUGCAGAGGUAUGAAAACAGAUAUGGGAGAAAAUGCUGAAUGUGUAAGGGUCUCCCCACCCCCCUUUUAUUUUAAAUCCUGAUGGGAGAGAAUAAGAAUGGAUGGUGGUAUUUAGUACCUAAGAUUAGAAAUGGACACUUUAUUCUAAUAAGAGAGUUGCAAACUAAGUCACUCAUAUUCUAAAAGAAAGCAAGGACUCAGAAAACAUUAGUUAUUUGCAGUAUAACCGUUAUCUCUUUAAGCAUAGCCACUUAUUUAAAUCAGGCACUCUGUAUUCAUUAAGGUUUAUGAAAUGAAAUAAAAAGAGAGAGCUUUAUGUAGCUGUGCAUGUCAGUUUGCUAUUUAAAACGUGUGACAGCAUUUCUCAUAUUAGACAGAAAUUGGCAGUGAUUCCACAAUGAGCAUCGCGCUUUCAAACCAGAAUUUAGAGGAUGUGCUGUAGAUGCCCCCCAAUAGAAAUAUGUUGAAAGCAAUUGGCUAGAAUCAAAGUAUGACCUUUUCUUCUGCCUUUAUUUCUGGUGAAGGUUCUCUUCACCUACUGUAGACAUACAAAAUUUAAAGCUUUUCACACUAACUCAAUUCUUGUAGUAAUUUUAUUUGCCCUGUGCUAAAACCUUAAGCCAACCCUUUUCAAUGUAAUUACACAAAAGUGCACAGAAACCUAACUGCUACCUUCUACUCUGUCUUGAGGCUGCAUGGAAAGUUCUAGCUUACAUGCCAAGCUUGUCCAAGUACGACCCCAGUCCAUGGUGGCUGCUCUUCUUUGUACCAAAGAGUUCAAGAUGGUCUCUGUAGUUCCUUCUCUAGUGCUCUGAGGUUCCUCCAAUGCUAUCAGGCCUGCAAUAUGAAGCCCAGUGCAUCGAGACACUGGAUUUGCUUGUGCAGGCCCUCAGACAUUCCAGAAUACAACUGGUUAGUAACCAAUUAGAAAUCAGCUUAGUUACUGAAAGGACCUAUACUGUUGUUUGGCAUUGACUGCUUAGAAACUUAUAAUAGCUGUAGGUUAACAUGAGUCAUAGGUGUAGCUGUAUAUAGAUUGAGCCUAGUGUUCCUUCUCAGUUUUGUGACUUGAUUUAUUUAUCUGGUAAUUUCAUUUUGCUUAGGCUUAUGAAAAUACUAUUUACUGAGCUCGAGAGUACAAUAAAUAUACGUUUGUUCUCAAAGUUAGCAGUUGGAUUUUAACACUCAAAAACGCAGUCUUAAAAUCAGGAGAGCUAAAUAAACAAAUUUAACAAAUUAUAAUCCCUGACAUGGUAGAAGGUGGAAGAUGUGUCCUGCUCAUUAAACAUGUCGGUUCAUUGAGAGUAACAUAGACUGCCAAUUUUUUUUUUUUUAGAUACUAAGGUUCAAUAAAAUGCAUGAACAAUAGGAAAAUGCUGAACAUGAUUUUGAAUGCUAGCUGCUUGGAUGCUAACUACGGCAUAUCUGCUUUCAGAUUAAAAAUAUGUAUCUUUGCAUAGCUUAUUCCAUGUAUGUUCUGAAAAUUUGUCUUAAAUUAUGAAGACCCCAAGCCAAGAAGAUAAAGUAUAAAAUCGUCCUUUAAAUUGACCAUUUUUUUCUGAGUGUUCUCUUUUUGCAAUGUGUAAGAUUUGAAGUUUUAAUGAAAAUGAUCUGAGAAAUCUGCAGAGUAUAAAUUGUAUUGAAAGCCUUGUACCUUCUUGGAAGAAACCAAGCCUAUAACAAGACUAUUUGUGUGAUCAGUGGGUAGCGUUAGCGCCGUCCUGGUUUUUGUAUUGUUAUCUAACAUGCUUAACACACUGCCAUGUCUUAAUGAAUCAGAGAAGAAUUGAAGCUUUCAAUUAAGAUAAUAAUAAUAAUAAUAAUAAUAAAAUCCUAAAUUGUACUACAAAAAGCAAUGCAUAUGAUAAAAAAAAAUGGAAACACGUAAAAGUAUGUAUCCACAAUGAAGUAUGUGCUUUUAGUUAAGAAUUAAACACACUUUGGUGAACUUUCACGCUCUUUGAAAAAAAAUAAAAUCAGUGCUGCAUAGUUUGGUAAUUUGAUUCAAUCGAAGUUAUAAAUGAAUGGAAAAAUCUGUUGUGGAAUCUUUGAUGGUUUCCACUGCCUCUAACCAUAGGUUUUGAUUUUGUGAUUUUUUAAUUCUGAUAAUGGAAUCUUAGCUAUUCUGUAUGCAUUGUUGAAGACAUAAUGUUUUUCAAAGUAGGCAGUUAGGUGUAGUUGGGUGAACAUUGAGAAAGGUAGCCAGGAGUUUGUUCUACUUUGCCACAAACGGAUAUAAUGUCCCCGCUCUCUUUGGAUCUCAGUGUUGUGUUUGUGUAUAGAUAGGUCAGAGAUCAGUCUUCAGGAGUGAGCCCUUAUGCCACACAAUUAAUAAAGCAAAGAAAAACAGCAAAAAGAAUCCUAAGCAAAUUACCCAGCUCUGGCUUCUGAACAAUAGGUUAGACAAUGAGAAGUCCUGGCUGUUUUAGUUUCUAAUGUAAAUAGGGUCCCUUAGUAAAAGUGAAUUCAGUCUUACGUAGGAUGGAUUGGAUAACUACACAUGAGAUGGCUUUUACUUUUGCUUAAACAAGCGUUUGGGAUCAUCUCUGAGGAAUGAAAAUCGGUUGUGCAUUUUCAUCAGGAAAAGAUACAAGAUGUGUAUAACAUUUGGAAAUGUGUCCGAGGAUGAAUGGAAAUGUUCUCAUUUUUUUGAAAGCUAAGAACAACAACAAAAAAAGAAAUGUAGGGUGCUACUAAGGAUCGUGGAUGCCAAGAGAUAUUUUAAAGCCAAUUUGUAAAAACGAUAACCCGUAAAUUCUGUUUAAAAUUAGAAAAGUAGGACAAGAAUUUUGAAGUAAGCCAGUUUAUCUUUAGAAUGAUAUUGUGAAAUUGGCUUUAAAUAUAACCAUUCCGAUCAAAAUGUAUUUAUGGAGUCUGAUUACAUAGCCCUUGUUACUGUCAUUCCACACAGGCUAAAAAGGCCUCUGUAAGGAUAAAAUGACAGUAUCUCUUUCCUAACUGGUGUGGGCUUAGGAGUGAUCCACACUAAGGUGAAUAUUUAUGAUCCUGGAAUGUUUGUAAGCAUUGUAAAUGCACAACUGCCAUCUCCAAAUAUUUUCUUAUAAGACUGUUUUUAGAAGAAGAAAAUUGUUUAAAACAAACAAAAGCUAUUGUAUUUUCAUUUACUCAAUUUCUAGGCUAAAAGAGUUCACUGAAUAAAAUUUUCCAAUCAAAAUUCCUAUAGUCUUAUUCUCCAGUAGUCUAGGCAUUCCUAUGUGAUUAUUGUGUCUCUCUACCACUGUUUUUUUGAGUCAAUGGACUUGAGAAGUAUUCUGACAUUUAUAUGGCUUCACAGAUAUAUUGCUAGUUCAGUCAUAGAUUGGAGUUUGCAUAUUGUAAUGUAAGUGUAUGUCCAACACUAUUCUAAAUAGUUUAUGACUGAAGUUUAAUUAAAUAAAAGGUUGUAAAAUGUGAUGUGUAUGUGUAUAUACUGUAUGUGUACUUUUUAAAAUAGGUAUAUGUCCUGACCCUUUUGAUACAGGUUUGAAUUUGAAAUUACAUUAUAUAAACAUAUACUUUAUUGUUCUAAAUAAAGAAUUUUAUGC